CACUAUCUCAAUCCAUAGCGUUACUCUACAGACCGGGUCAUUUGUUGUUAGUACCUCUCACCUGUAACCCGCCGCCAUGCUCUGUCUCUUGCUCCUGUUGUUGUCUGUGUUUGGUUCCUCUCAUCAGCAAUGCUGCUUUCCGUCCCAGUGGGAGGGGAUUGAGGCGGGUGUCAUGGACACUGUUCAACCAGCAGCAAAAGUUCCCAUCAGCACCAAGUUUCAAUACAUCGUCUCUGUGGACUACACCAAGCACCUGCUAGCACUGUCCGGGACUGUUGUCACCGCCGGAAAGACGUCACAAAUCAGAAUCAUCAGGGAUUUCACCUCGAAAGUACAAUACACCUUGGACAUGGACGCAAACAGCUGUACCAAGUCUUUACUUACAGAGCGGGAAGUUUCCUGUUUAGGAACAAACGGAGAUAACUCCACCCUGAUCGUCAACACGUACCUCGGAGCAGGAACUCAGAAAAUACCCAUCUCUGUGUACCAUAGUACACUGAACGGGUACCCCACUACAAUGUCUGUGUCUGAGGGAUGUAUCCCCGUUGGAGCCUCUUUCCACGGCACUGAUGAAGCCGGAAAUAACGUUAUUGGCUCUCUCGGGUUCAGUAGCAUCACCCCCGGAAUCUCAAACAACGCUGUCUUUUCUAUCCCUGCCAUGUGUAUUGCGGCCCCAAUGGCGAAUACCGUUGUUGGGUGAAACUCAGCACCAUCGUAGAUCAUCCCAAGGAUUUUUUUUGUAUUCGUAGAUAUUUCAUAUUUUUAAUUAAAUUUAUCAAAUUUA